AUGAAUCGUAUGAUGCUCAACAUCUGGCGCAACCGCCCCGGCGGACCAAGUAACUCAAGUAAGUGGAUUGACGCCGAAGACGAGAAAAAAAUUUGAAUUACUUUUUUUGAAUUUGUUUUGAAGAAUCCUGAAUAUAUCCAAACAAAGUUAAUCCGCUCGAAACUUCUUUCAAAACGUCUACGGUUUAUUUUUUAUUUUUUCGAAAAAUCUGCCACUUAUCCAAAAACAAAUGGAAGCUGGAAAAUCUGCCAAAAUUUAUAUUUAUGUUUGAAUCAAGUGCAAAUGGAAACAUUUGAUUGUAAAAAACAGUUAUCCGUCGUAAUGUUUUUUUGCCUUUGAAACUUUAUCAUAUAAAAAAAUAAUAAUUUUAAUGAAAGUACCAAAAAAACUAAAAAUAAAUAGAGAUCUUCUUUGGAUUACAAUUCAGAAAUUUUUUUCUACAAGUGUCAAAUUCAAUCUACAGUUAUUCCAACUAGCAAUUGAAAACAAUAUUUUGACAAAACGGAGUUUUUUCAGGCGCAUUUAUGCGUGUUUUGGAAUCUCCUCGCUACAGCUACGAACAGAAACAGAUGGUCGUCGAGGCUUUCAACGAAUGGGACAUUCUGAACAAUACUUGGUUUGAGGUAAAGAAUAAUAUACUGCCCCAAUCAAAUUCAACAACAAUCUUUAAGGUGGCCGACUCGUUGCCUGCGAUCGAGGACCUUUUCGAAGACAAAAAGUUUGCAGCUCGCAACGCAGCCGCUCUUCUUGCUUCCAAGGUUUAUUCUGACAUUUAUCAAAACUAUAAAACUUUUUACAGGUAUAUUUCUGCCUUGAGCAAUACGAAAAAGCUAUGGAUUGGGCUUUGCACGCUGACGAAGAAUUCUGUCUCAACCCCAAGCCUCCUCUUCCUGUCAUUGGCAACAAAGACGAGGAGGUUUUUUUUUCUUUCUUUUUUUUUUCAAACCCUUUCAUGAUUUUCAGUACGUGAACAAAAUGGUGGAAGAGGCUUUGGAUAGCUACAAAGCUCUCCAUGCAAAUGGCGAGGAGAACGAACCGGAUCAGCGACUGGCCAAGUUCAUCAACCGCAUUUUCGAUCGUCAUAUUCAAAGCGUAAGAGUUUUUCCCCUCAAAUUACGGUUCUUUUUGAAACUAAAUUCUUGUAGAAGCAAAAAAAAAUUGACCAAUCAAGAGAUGAAAGUGACAACACUGCGAUACAUAAGUUUUGUUGCAGGAAAGAUACAAAUUUAUAGGAAAGAAGUUUUCAGCCUCAAGCUUUGUGAUACGCGUACUUUCAAAAAAACUUUUUUUCUUGUUUUUUUCAAUUUUUGUUAAAAUGUGUAAAAAUGCACGAUUUUUUUAAUGAAUGGGGCUUAUUUGUGCCUUCUAAAAAAGUUCUCAAACGAACUUCAUUUCUCAAUAAGAUUAUUCAGGGCCAACUUAACUACGUUUUGGCGCUUGCUAUUGAGACUAAACGCCUUGAUAAAAUCGAAGCGGCUAUUACGGCGAGCUCGGAUCCUGCGGGUGAGAAACUUAUUUCUUUAACCUUUCAUAUGAAGUUCAUUUUCAGCGAUGAUGCACGUGACCAUGACCACAGUUGUCGAGGGUUUGUUCAAUCCAACUUUCCGCUCUCACGUGCUCUUCCUCUUGGUCAUUCUGUACCAAAAACGCUUUGCCACUCCGGAUUACUUGUCCAUCAUCCACGUCUAUUGUAUUUUCCCGAAAAAUUUUUAUUUUUCAUUUUCAGUGCUUCAUUCGUCUCAACCAACCGAGAGAUUGUGCUGAUCUUCUCUUGAAGCUUGCUGAGGAUCCGGUAACUCCACUCUUCCUCUGAAGGAAUUCAUUUUUUUUUUGAAGGAGACUGAGCUUCUGGCUUAUCAGAUUGCCUUCGACCUUCAUGAAAACGCAAGUCAUCAUUUCAACACGGUUGUUCUGGAUAGACUGACGCCUAGCGAUCCUUGGGAGGCAAAUGAAAGUAUUGCUCCAAAACUGGAGCCUGAAGAACCGACAAAUCUCUCGUCGCCCCAUAGCGGUUCGUAUUUUCAUAUUUCAAAAAAUCAAAUAACUUUUACAAAGUUUGGCGAGAAACCGAAAAGACCUAAAAAAUAACUGAGAACUUAUCAUGUUGAAACGAAUAAUCUGAGUAUUCUCUCAGAUUCCUCGGUAUUUGAAUACAUAUUUGCAGAAGACUCGGACGCGAUCGACGAGUCAGUCCCAAACGUGGAAGUCGACGAAAAAAAACCAGAGGUGCUGGAAAAGUCGGAGGCCGCCGGAAACCAAGGCAACGUGGCGAGUUUUGGCAAAGUACACGACAUUCUCACUCUGUGGGAAACCGUAAGUGCGGCAUGCACGUAGAAGUUUAACAUAGUGGCGUUGGACUAUUAAAGUGUGUUUUUCUGAAUAUUAACAAUUCACAGUAACUGUUCUAAACUAUCAGCGAGACUUUCAGACAAAUUGAGAUUUACUGAGUGCAAAUAUUUUUUCACUUGAAAUAGAAAAAUUGCAGGCUUGACCCUUGUUUCGCUCUAAAAUUUUACUGUGAGCCAGUCAGCCAGAAUGCCGAUAAAAUUUUGCAGAAUGGAAAUUAUAGAUUUUGCCGCAGAGAUUUCCAAAAAAGAAAGUCAAGAUUUCGGAAUUCUAAUUGAAACACAUAAGAAAUGUUUCUCAAAAAAACUUUUCUCCUUCAAAAAAAUAAUAAUUGAAACCAUUGUUUUUUUCAACCUGUCUUUAAAAUGCAGUGUCGAUUUUUUACAAAAAAAAAGUUUGAUGGACUAAUUACAGACUGCUCCUCUCGUUCGUAUCCGUUCAAUCAUUUCGGGCUUGGAAACAACCCGCAACCACAUGCAUUUCCUCAUCAAGAACAAUCACACGGAUAUGCUCAUUCUCAAGGUAAAAACCGUUUUUUUCUUCGAUGUGAGGAAUCAGUGAGAAAAACAUUUAAGAUCAAGACCACUACUGAAAAUAUAAGCUUUGAAACAUUUUUUUAAUUCAAAUUAUUGAUAACCGCGCAGACAUUUAUGCUCAUAAAGAACACAAAUAAUUAGAAUCAACUUUUUUUCCUGCCUUUUUUUCAUUACCGAAAUGAUCUUUUGAGCCUGACCAACACUGGAAAAACUUGGAGUUAACUUAAAGUUACGAUGAAAUCGAUACUCCGGUAAUAGUGAUAAUUGAAAAAAAGUGGCAUACCAUAGAAAAUGAAUUUUGAACGAGCAGCCACUAUGAAACAGCUUGAGCUCAACAUUAAAAAAAUUAAGCUUAUUAAAAGAAAAUUUCUAAAUAACGUGUUCAACGAUUUUUAUUCAUGGAAGAUACAUUUUUGAACGAUUCAAUUUAUAUACAAACCUCAAAUGUUUUUGUUUACCCCAACACUUGUAUGAGUGUUUUUCUACUUUUGUAAAAAGAACAACUUGCAGGAGAUGAAAGACUCUGUCCGAACGGCAACUUCUCACAAUGCCACGCUCAUCGCUAAUGGCUUGAUGCACUUGGGAACAACGUGCGACGACUUCUUGAGGUACAUUUAUCGUCCUGUCAAACCAAAAUUGAGAGUGACGCAAACUUUCAGAGACAACUUGGACUGGAUCAGCAAAGCGACGAACUGGAACAAGUUCAACGCAGUAGCUUCUUUGGGUCUUAUUCAUAGAGGCCAUGAAGAGUCGGCCAAAAAAUUGCUCGAUCCCUACCUUCCCAAGUCGACCGAAGGAUCGGAUUUGUACGGAUAUAAAGAAGGAGGAGCUUUGUUUGCCUACGGUGUGUUUUCAUGUCUUUGGGUGUACGUGAAGGUGAGGAGAUUGGAGAUUUGCAGAUACGUGCGACCUUCAAUAGGCUACUCGGAGUGAAAAAUUGCAUGGGAUAUUCAGAAAAAAAGCAUUUUUCAUUAAAAUAGGUCUAAAAAAACAUAGUUCAAAAAGAUCGGACUCUAAUCUUGAGAGUAUCAAAUAGAAAAUUUUGAAAUGAAUCUAGUUUUUGGAAGUUUUCAAAAAUUUAGGUUCAAAAAGGUCACAAAUAUUCAGUGAUGAUAGGAAGAUUUUAAUCAGCUGAAAAACCGGACUAUCCACUUUUUACAGGUUUGAUGCAUGCAAACCGCGUCGUCGACGACGUCAUUCAGUACCUGAAAGGACACAUUUCUCAUGGAAUGACCGCUCCUAUUCGCCAUGGAGCCUGUCUCGGUCUUGGAGUUGCUGCCAUGCAAACUCACAACUACGAUGUACAUUUUUGUAUGAAAAUAUAUCAAAGAAAUGGAAAAAACGACACAACAAUUUACGAAACUAAUGAAUAUCCACUUUCUCAAAUUGCCCAAAAAGCAUGCUGGAACAGUCAAAACUUCCAGUUUGAUUAAUGGAAGAAGCUAGGCAAAUCAUCAACUUCAAAAAUUUUCUCUGUUGGCAGCUUCAAUUGAAGUUACCAUAACUGAAAAUUGAAAAGUUCAAGUUUUGAACUCUCAGCUUACUGGAGAACUUUCGGUUUGUGAAAAGUGAAGGUUGGGAAAAGUUCUAAGACUGUUUUAGAAAAAUUAUUGUUUAUACGAGAAAAUGUCAGUCGUCCGCGUUUUUCAGGCUUACACGGUUCUUCAUGACGCUCUCCGUCAAGACGAAACGAUCACCGGAGAAGCAGCCGGAGUGGCGAUGGGUCUGGUCAUGGCUGGAAGCCUGAAUGACCGUCUCUGCCGCGAAAUGUACCGCACCAUUGAUGAGACCCGCCACGACAAAAUUCAGCGCGGUCUACGUACCGGUGUUGCACUUCUGGCUGCUGGUAAGCUCAUCAAGAUUUAGAAAAGUUAGCAAAGUUUUGUUUAUUAUCGAGCCCAAGAUCGCAACGGAACCAAAAUCGUUGGUCGUUUCAAAGACCCAUUGAUCUUUGAGCGGUUAAAAGUUUGUGCUGCUCUUGAAAAGUGAGAACAAACAGUUGGAAGCUCGAAAUGAACUUUUGUAACUUCGAUAAAAAAAACAUUCGCCAAAACAAUUUCAAGGUUUUCAAAACACAAUUCCGCUAGUAUUAUGAAAAUCUUCCAGUUAUUACUUUUUCGAUUGAGAAGAAGUACGUUUUUCUAUGCCGGAACACAACAUGUUGAACAAUAAACCCUGCCUAUUUAUUAAUUAUUCCCCGGAGAAUGCAAAGUCAUACUUCAACAAAGCAAAAAAGGAGGCAGCCUUCUUUUUUGAGCUUCGGACAAAAAAUUAGCCCAAGUUUUGAAACUAAAACUGAACAAAGCGCAUGAUGCUUAUUUUCCAUAAAAUAAAAAAAAAUUGUACUCGCAAGUUUUUUAUAUUCCGACUUAUGAAAAUUUUUUUUCGAGCCAGAAAUUUUUUUUUCCAUUUUUUUUGGUUUAUAUGGACUUGCCCGACACCACUUUUUUUGCUUAUUAAAACAGAAAUAAAAAAAUUUUUUUUAAAAUUUUGCUUUAAAAAAAAAGUUGCUCCUUCUUAGUGCUGUGUGAAUUGUCCGAAGUAAACCAAAACAAGUAAGCACGAAAAUGGUUUCUUUUAUUUUAUAAAAGGCUUCCUUCUCAAGCCUUCCAAACUGAACAUUUAUGUUAUAUUCAAACUUCAAGAUGAAUCAAUCAAUUAAUCUUAUUUUUGGUAUGACGCUCGAAUGUUCCUGGAUUAGAACCUCCGGUCAACCACAGAAAUUUCAAAAAUCAUAUCUUUUGAAAAAAACUGUCAGUUAUACCUUAAUUUCUAGUCCGUCAGAGAUUUUUCAUGAGUUUUCAGAAGAAGCUGAAAAAAUGUGAAUAUUCUGGUUUGCAGGCCGACAAGACGACUGCGAGCCGUACGUCGCCGAUCUGAUCAACGCCAAGAGAAAUCCGGUGCUUCGUGGGGCCGGAGUCAACAUGUUGGCGAUGGCCUACGUCGGCACUGGAAAUCCCUCUGUCGUGGCUCGGCUUCUCGACAAGGUGAAUCCUGGAUGCCCGUCGAAGCGAAGACAACGCAACAUUUUGUUUACUCUCACGCAAAAUUGCAUCCGAUGAAAAAACUCAGCUAUUUUUGACAUUCAAUUAACUUUAAUUAUCUGGGAACGUAUUUUUUUCGAGUUGGUCCAAUGAUCGUAUUGGUCAAAUUUCAAAUAUGAGCUUUUCUUGGAUGACUGAAACGUUCCUAGGUCUAAUACUUUUACUCAACACGUUCAGCAUUUUGAAACCUUUUAAAAUUUUUUUUAAAAUUAUUUUUCAGACUACUGAUCUCUUAAAAAUGUUUUUCUAAUGUCUGUAUCAACUGUUUCAAACAUUUCAGCACAUCAAUAGGAUAAAACCAACAUAUCAAAAAUAUUACUAGCCUAGGAAGUGUGGAAAAAAAUCGAGUUGUAAAUAGGGGUUUGAAAGGACCAUGGACGUAGCUGUGAAAACGGAAAAAAAAACAAUUUUCUGAGUGAAAGAGUUUUAAAAAAAAACAUCAAAAAUAAGAAAUUAAAAAAAAACCAUAUAUAGUUUCUCACACAAAUUUCAGACUUGCAAGCCACGUUGAAAAAUACUCUUGAAAUCUUGACAAAUAUUGUUGCAGUAUUCAUGACAUUUUUUUAAAUUGGGCUUCUUUUUAAUUUAUUUUGAAAACCCAUCAGAUGACUAUCAAACUUUAGAAGUAGUAUAAACCAGACCUUUCUUUUUAUACCUUUUUUAGUUAAAAGAAAAGUUGAACAAAAGCGAUCUGAAAUGGAGCAUUUUACAGGUUGCGACCGACCCUAAUAACGAUGUGAAGCGUUUUGCCGCGACGGCCCUCGGAUUUGUCUUGUGCAAGUAA